CCUCUGUUACUGAAGAGAUUUGUCUGUUUGGCGAAGUUCCAAUCUUGACAGAGAGACCCUGAUCCCAUGGAGUUAUGUAGUGUUGCCUCGGUAAUGAGCUUAGGGAGUCUAGCUAUACAGCGCACACAUUUGUGCUCCCUAGUCUUCAGAGCUUUGCCAAGGCUGCUAGGCUACACUCCCAGUUCACCGAAGAAACUAUGCAAAGAUGUUGAUCCACUGCUGACCGAGACUAUCGUGGGCACAUUGCGAGAGCUGCCUCAGGACAUCUUGAUGGAUAUCUUUGCCACCCUUGAAAUCCCUGACCUCAUACGUGUUGGCGCCGUCUGCCCCUCUUGGCACUCUGCAUAUACCAGCCUACAAAGCCUUGGGCUGUAUAAACUAUCUCAGACGCCGUGCCUUCUCUAUACUUCUGAAUCUGCUGACGAUAGCUCUGCUUACCUCUACAGCCUCAGUGAAAAGAGAUCGUACAAGUUAACUCUUCCGGAUCCACCUAUCCGCACUAGGUGUUUGAUAGGGUCCUCUCAUGGCUGGCUGAUUACUGUUGAUGAAAGAUCUGAGAUGCAUCUUGUCAACCCGAUCACAUGUGAACAGAUUGCGCUACCUUCAGUGAUCACCAUCGAGCAGGUGAAGCCCAUCUUCGAUGAGUACGGUGAUCUACACAAGUAUGAAUUGUCAUGGCACACUGGAACGCGUGCUGCUUAUAACUCGCCAUCUAUUUAUGAUCUUGACAAGCUGCGGGAUGAACUCCACUAUAAGGCGUUUGUGUUCCCUGAUACAUCCACAGGAAGCUACAUGGUGGUUCUCAUCCACAAUCCAAAGCAGCAGCUUUCUUUCACAAGAGUAGGGGAUGAUAAGUGGACCUGGCUUCCACCCCAUGAUGCCUAUGAGGACUGCACUUACAAGGAUGGCAUGUUGUAUGCAGUGACUGGAUUUGGAGAAGUUCAUGUUUUUGAUUUUAGUAGUGGACCUGCUGUUACAGUGGAGAUGAUUAUGCAAGUGCGCAAUGUGUAUGGCUGUGGGUACAUGUACAUUGCUCAAGCUCCAUGGGGCGAUCUGCUGCUGAUUUGGAGAAUCUGUGAGGAUCAUGAUGUAGAACCUGAACCAGGGGCAUCUGUGUUUUGGAACACUACGGAAUAUGAAAUAUAUAAAUUUGACCUUAAAAGAAGUAAGCUUAAGAAAAUCAAUUGCUUGCAUGACCAUGUGUUGUUUCUUGGACAUAAUCAGUCACUUUGUCUCAGUGCUGGAGAAUAUCCGUCUCUCAAGGCAAAUCAUGUCUACUUUACUGAUGAUAAUGUGUUAUGGACAUUGAGAUUGAAGAAUAAUCAUCGUGAUAUGGGAAUUCUCAACUUGGAUGAUAACAACAAGGAAGAAGUUGUGUCUCAUCAGCUCUUCUCCAACUUCCCGGCUCCUAUUUGGGUUACACCUGAUCUUAGAAAGAUGGACAUGGCUUCACGAGUGGAUUGAAAAAUCCUUGAUGAGUUCACUAAGUUAACAGUAGGGUGGUUUGCUAGGUUAUUGCGGAUUUGGGCUUCCUAGAGAAAGUCAUGGACAAACUACUCAAAGGGCCACUUGGACUGUGCGUGCAUCAUGGUCGCUUGACCCCAGUUGUACACACUAGCUUUGAGCAGUUGAAUAAUUAGUUUGAGUUUUUCUUUGUUUACCCCUGUU